CUCAUUCCAGUCCCAGUGCCCACUUCCAGCACACUCCUGGACGCUACAGAGCGCGCUCAUACACUCGCACGGGCCUGUGCACUCAGAGCAGCAAGAGAAAGUGUGUGUUGUGUUGUGUGGGUGAGUGAGUGAUGGAUCUCACGCAGUAGAACUUGUACGGACAGGAGCUGUUGGAAUGGCAAACUGCUGGGAAACACUGCAAACUUCAGUCUGAUCAACAUGUCUGAGGCUAUUUGCUGUACGGUGGUGAACUGCAACUGUGACAGUUUCAAACCAGGUAAACUGAGGCGGCGACUCUGUGAGCACUGCAGACAUGGCUGGGUCGCCCAUGCUUUAAGUAAACUGAAAGUUCAUCACAUGUACCAGGGCAGUCAGGUGGAGAUCGUUCACUCCAACGUGGUGUUUGACAUCUGUAGUCUGAUGCUUUAUGGGACCCAGGCAAUCCCAGUGCGUCUAAAGAUCCUUCUGGACCGACUCUUCAGUGUUCUUAAGCAGGAGGAGGUCAUUCAGAUUCUAAACGCACUGGACUGGACACUACAGGACUAUAUUCGCGGUUACGUCCUGCAGGAUGUGGCUGGUAAAGUAUUGGAUCGGUGGGCCAUAAUGACUUUCGAAGAGGAGAUCGUUACGCUGCAGCAGUUUCUGCGUUUUGGAGAGACAAAGUCCAUUGUGGAGCUGAUGGCUCUGCAGGAUAAGGAAGGACAGGCAGUUGUUGUUCCAAGUCCUAGAACCAAUUCCGACAUCCGCAGCUUCAUCGAAAGCAGCACGCAGCGUUCCGUGCGGCUGCCUACUAAAACAGAAACGGCCAGCUGUAGUAACGGACAUCAUUUUGAGACUCUAGUGAACAGUAUGGCCCUCAUGCUGCCACUGCAACUGCUGAAUUCUGUUCCAGCACCGUUGCUGAUCUCCAGUACUGAAUCCAGCCGCCAAGAGGCACAAACGAGACAGGAGCCAUCGGAACUAAGCCUCAAUGGCACUUCUCCGUUCAACACGGGGCCUGUGAGGGCUGAUGUGAUGCUAGAUGCAGAAUCUACAAAGAUAGAAGCAGAAGAGUUCAACGUGAGUGGAGACUCCUCUCCCUCCACUCCCUGUACACCCUCCAUCACCUCUGAAAUCACACAGAUGUCCCCUGAGAGCAAGAUGAAGUGUUCAGAGAAGAGUGGAACCAUGAAGAAGGGUCGUGUGUUCUGUAGUGCCUGCGAGAAAACCUUCUACGACAAAGGCACGCUGAAGAUACACUACAAUGCUGUUCAUUUGAAGAUCAAACACAAGUGCACCAUCGAAGGCUGCAACAUGGUGUUCAGCUCCUUACGCAGUCGGAACAGGCACAGUGCUAAUCCAAACCCACGGCUGCACAUGCCGAUGAACCGCAACAGUCGGGACAGGGACCUGCGGGGCGGUCUGAGCCCGAGGCAGGAGGAUGAUGGUGAGGACGAAAAGAGGGAGUUUGGAUCUGUCCCAGAGAGCAGGACCGUCUCAAGUUUCAUCAUCCGCAACUCCGAGCCCAAGCUGCACAGCUCGUUCUCCAGCAUGAGUCAGACUGGAAUCCUCUUUCCUAAUCUUAAAACCGUUCAGCCUGUACUUCCGUUUUACAGAAGCCUGGUGACCCCAGCAGAACUGGCUCAUACGCCUGGCAGCCUGCCCUCUCUCCCACUGCUGUCCUCCUCUGUGCCCGUUAAUGCCAGUAACGUGGAGACCAGCUCGGAGCCAGUGCCCAAGAAGAAGUCUAGAAAGUCCAGCAUGCCCAUCAAGAUCGAAAAGGAUGAGUUGGCAACAGAAGAGGAGACGCCACCCCUCAGCCCCUGUACUGACACAGAAAGGUGCGAUGUCAUCAGCAUGGGAUGUGUAACGUAUGGAGAACCUGUGGACUGUGACGUUCGUAAUCAAUCGAGCCCCAACUCGCACAACACAGAGCUGGAGAUCAGUCAUAUUAUCUCGCCGUCUUCUCCUUUUCUCUUUAACACCAAACAGAAGGAGAAUGAAUGCUCCAGUGAGAAAGAACGGGAGUCCCCAGAAUGUGAGGAGCCACCAUGCAGUUCACAGCCAGACCAACCCUGUGGCCACAAUUGCGAGGAGAGAGGGCACCGAUCGACCAAUUUAACAUUGCACAGAAACAUCGUAAGCAACAGUGAAAACUGUGUAGACGGCUGCAGUGACCCAGAGACCGUAUGCACAGAUGAUAGAGAAGAAGUGUCCCGCCCAUGUGAGAUCUGCAAUAAGACUUUCAAAAACCCUUACAGUGUGAAAAUGCAUUAUCGAAAUGUGCACUUGAAGGAGAUGCACAUGUGCACUGUGGAUGGCUGCAAUGCUGCAUUCCCCUCCCGUCGCAGCAGGGACCGACACAGUGCAAACCUGAAUCUACACCAUAGGCUGUUGACCAAAGAUCAUUCAGGAACGUCUUCUCUCCGCAGAGAACAUCCAGACGUCCCUCACAAAGAGUCCCUGAGCCAGAUGUCCGUCAUCUUUAAAGGGAGCAACCGCACAGGCCUCGUGUUCCCCAUGAGUAAAUCACUGGAAAGAGCAGAUGAGCCAAGAGAGGACGCAGUGGAGGAAGAAGCCGUAUUAGACCUGAGCACCAGAGGAAGUGCACACUCUUCAUGGGACUCCGAUGUGGGCAGUGAGGAAGGGCUCCCUCUAGAGGACAGUGAUGAGAGUUGCGAUGGAAUGAGUGUUGAUGCGUCCACAUUUCCGCCAUGCCUCAGCCAGCAAUCCAGCAGCUCCUCACCCAUUACCUGCCAUCUGUGUCAGAAAGUUUACAGCAACAAAGGCACAUUCAGGGCUCAUUAUAAAACAGUGCACCUUCGUCUCCUCCACAAGUGCAAAGUUCCAGGAUGUGACACUACGUUCUCCUCCGUUAGAAGCCGCAAUCGACACAGUCAGAAUCCAAAUUUACACCGUAACCUUGCCAUGAAUACCUCCCUCAAUCAGGAGUAGGUCAAAUAUAUUUACGCACACAUAUAUACACAGAGCCAUAUUCUCAUAAAUAUAGUCAUAGAGACACUCUUGUCCAUUUAGGUUCGAAAGCGCUCUUUACACUGUGUGUACUGCACAUUCAAGAGCAAUGUACAUAACUGGAAAGAAACAUCCAUCAAAGACAUGUUUAGAUAUGUUGUUCAUCUCAAACGUGAUGACUACUUAGAACCUUUCCCGGUCACACUUUAUAUUAGGUGGCCUUAACUACUAUGUACUAACAUUAAAUACAUACAAGACUAUGUAUUUACUGUGUAACUACAUGUUGUUCUGCAACAUUACCACAUUUGCUGCUACUGAGGUUGAGGUAUGGGUAGGUUUAGGAGUAAAGGUAGGGUUAGGGUUAGGAAAAGGGGUUAGAGUUAGGUUUUGGGGUUAGGGGUAAAUUUAACAGUGUAACUACAAAUGUAAUUAAAUGCAAGUACUUUAAAUGUAAUUACAAUGCAACAACAUGUAUGUACAUAAUAAGUACAUUGUAUCAAAUGAUUAAGUACAUAGUAGGAAUGCCACCUAAUGUAAAGUGGGUCCCCCUUCCCUUGAAUUUAUUGACUUUUACAGAGCAAGACCUAUAUUACAUAUAGUUUCUCACUUUGUGGGUUAUGAGAUGUUUUUCAGUCGCAGAGCAAAUAAUUGCUAUGCAAAACGAAAGAGACACUCCACCAUAUGAGAAAUCAUAUGCAGAACUUAGAGAUCCUUGAAAAAUAUUCCUUGCUAUUAUAUUUUAUCCCCCGCCCCGUUCAUUAUCCAAAGCCACAAAAAGAUCAUGUAUUGAUUUCCUUUUCUGCACUUAUUCAUUGAGGGAACACAUCUCUCCUCAGCACGAGAUUUAAAGGAACAGUUCACCCAAAAAUCACCGUUGUCAUUUCGAACGCAUAUAACUUUCUUCCGCAGAAUAUGAACGAAGAUAUUUCAAUGGAGAUAUGAUGUCUGUUUGUCUAUAC